GAGAAUGUCUCAGUUGAGCCUGGCGAGGAGCUUCUCAGCACGCCCGUAGUGAUUGAGGUCCUUAUGGGGCGGCACUUUUUUGUGGAGCCGCCCAAUUGUUAUGUGACUUUCACCUACGGAGGUAGGGAGUACAACACUGAGACGCAUGAGAAUGCAACCAGCCCGCAGUGGCCUGACUCCAAGCAUGAGCUGGCCUAUGAUGGCCAACCAAUCUCUAUCGACUUCGCCAUCAUGCAACGCAGCGCGAAGGAGAAUGUGAAAAUUGCUUCCGUGACCGUGAAGUGGGACCGUUUUCUACCUGGCCUUCGCAAGGUGGCAGACUACCUGGUGACCCCCUUGGUACCUGGCGUCAAAAACACCGCGGCCAUCCGCGUGGCUGCCACGCUGCAGCCCCAGAGCAUGCCCAAACGGCCGGCGGGGCCACGGCGGAAGGCGCUCUUCGUGGGGAUUUGCUAUGAGGGAACCGAUUGGUACCUCCCCAAGUGCCACGAAGAUGCUGAAAAGAUGAAGAACCUCUUCUGCGGUCAUUGGGGCUUCAUCGACUCUCCUGAGAACACCAAGUGUCUUAUCGAUUGGCGGGACGCCCCGGACAGUACUCGACCAACCCUAGCCAACAUCAAGGCAGGUAUGAGGUGGCUGGUGGAGGGAGCCAUGCCGGGGGACAGUCUCCUUUUCUUCUACUGUGGACAUGGCUCCCAGCAGCGCAACGUGGAUCGCAGGGAAAAGGACGGCUUCGAUGAGGUGCUGGUCCCCGUGGACGGCAAAACUGAAGGAAUGUUGGUGGAUGAUGAGAUCAACGAGAUGUUAGUGCAGCCCCUGCCUGCUGGCGUGCGCCUGACGUGUUUCCUGGAUUCCUGCCACAGCGGUGGCGGCUUAGACUUGCCCUAUCAGUGGAAUCCCUACAUGGAGGAGGGAGCAUCAUGGCAUCUUGAUGAGGGCGGUGUUUACGCCGACGCCGACGUGAUCUGCGUCUCAGCUGCUGCAGAGGAUCAGACGGCCAAGGGAAUCCCUCGCCUGGGCAAUCGUGAGAACUUCCCCAGUGGCGCCUUUUCGGCCUCGUGGUGCGUCGCGUGUGAAGUGCAUGAGACGCAGUGUAAGAUGAAUUGGAAGGAGAUGCUGGGCAUCGUGAAGGAGGUCUGUGAUGAUUUCAACUGGAGCCAGAACGUGCAGCUUUCGAGUUCACAGAAGUUUGACCUCACGCGUGAGUUCAAUUUCCACGACUGCAUCCCCAACAGCAACGACAAGAAGGGCCCUGUGGUGAAUGAUGGGAUGCCCGGCUUUCCGCGCCGGAAUCGCUUGAUGGAUCCCACCUUCUCCGGUUUCAAAGUGCCAUGAGACGACGGCCAUGGACACAUUUGAUGCGCCACCAGGACCACCGGAGAAAGCGCGGUGCCGGCCUUUUAGUGGCUAUGCGGGGGAACUCUCCAGGCGGGGAUCAGGCUUAAGCCUUGCCCGAACUGAGAAUCUCCAUGCUGGCAAAGCUGCAAUUUGCUUUAUGCCGUUUGUCAACGAAACAUGGUUUCUUUCAAGUCCUGACAUUUCUAUCCCAGUAGUACCGCACAAGGCGGUG